AUGAUAUGGCAAUUUCAAUUUUACCUCUGUAAUAUCCAUAUUGCAGAAAAGGUGUAUCGACCUAAAAUAACAACAUUAGAAACAACAAUUUUGCUGGCUACAACAACUCCGACAACUGUAUCCACGACAACAAGUACCACGACAGCAAGUACAACAACUCCGACAACUGUAUCCACGACACCAAGUACCACGACAGCAAGUACCACGACAGCAAGUACCACCACAACAAGUACCACGACAGCAAGUACCACGAUAUCGACCACAACUAAAUUAUCAUGUUCUUCCUUCCACCCGGUUGCCUCCCUAGUUACUUUCUACAGGAAUUCGUGUCUCAGGUUUGUCAAAGGUGACAAGUCUUGGAACGCGGCUAACGCAGAGUGUAUGAAACAAGGAGGGGGCUUGUUACAAAUACACAGUCUACAGGAUCAGGAAUACGUUUUCGAAAAACUAAAAUCUCUCCACUGGAGUGACUCGGGAGUGUGGAUAGGAGCUUCAGAUGGUGACAGCGAGGGACGAUGGAAAUGGAGUAAUGGUUCGCCGCUUACUUACAGUCACUGGAGUAGCGGUGAAGGACCACAACACAACGCCACGAACGAAAAUUGUGCUAUAGUUAAUGCCGAUGAUGGGAUGUGGUAUGACUACAAUUGUGAGGAGGUUAUCUAUAAUCAGGCCUACAUAUGUCAAUACUGACAGCAGUAAGGGUGGAGAUGUGACGUAGUUAUCUCCCCUUUUAUCAAAUGUCGAACUGACUGUCUUUUUUUUUU